AUGGAACAAACUGAUAACACAGCCCAGUCGAUCAGCGCCGACGAGAUUGCUCUGUAUGAUCGGCAGAUCCGGCUUUGGGGAGUACCGGCCCAGGAGAGGAUUCGAUCCGCAAACAUCCUUCUGAUUACCUUCAAAAGCCUCGCGAACGAAGUCGCCAAGAAUCUAGUGCUAGCCGGUAUUGGAAAGCUAACGGUGAUUGAUCAUGAAACGGUCAAGGAGGAGGACUUGGGCGCCCAGUUCUUCGUCACGGAGGAACACAUUGGCCAGAAUCGUGCGCAAGCCGCAGCGCCUUCGAUCCGUGAAAUGAACCCCAGAGUCCACCUGCAUAUCGACACCGACGACGUCCAUACUAAGCAACCGGAAUUCUUCGCGGGCUUUGACCUGAUCAUUGCGACGGAGCUCGACUAUGCCACCUACACCACCAUCAAUGCAGCCUGUCGCAUUGCAAACCGGCCGUUCUACGCCGCUGGGUUGCACGGUUUCUACGGAUUCGUGUUUGCCGAUUUGAUCACGCAUGACUUCGUCAUCGAACGCGCCAAGUCGAACGUGUCGUCGGCCACGCAAGAAACACCGACUCGGAGCAUAGUCAACAUCACCACGAAGAAAGAGCAAGACAAAGUUAUGGAACUGGUCACCAAGCGCGAGACCUAUUCGCCCUUAAUUCUGGCCAACACCUCGCCCCUGCCCCAAGACUACACUCGCCUGCCCCGGAAGCGCCGACAGGUCACCCCGCUCCUCACCUGCCUUCGAGCCCUGUGGGAGUUCCAGAAACUCAGCGGAGGCCGCCUGCCGACGCCUUCUCACCAGGACCUGGAACUGUUCACCAAGCUAGCCCGUGACCGCCACCAUGAGUUGAAACUAGACAUCACCACCCUGGACUCUGGCUUCCUGCGCACCUUCCUGCAGAACCUAGGAAGCGAGCUCAGUCCCGUCGCAGCCUUCGUCGGUGGCCGGCUAGCCCAGGACGUGAUCAACGUGCUCAGCGCCCGCGAGCAACCCAUCCAAAACCUCCUCCUUUUCGACGGCGAGAAAUCCCUCUCCCCCAUCUACCCUCUCCAUCCGUUUUUCCCUCCCGAGGUGGUAAACGCCCUGCCGGCCGUGGUCCCCGUGGCUAAUCCUAUCUCGGUGGAUGAUGAGCCGAUCCCGGUCCCUGCUAAUGGGCAAGGAACUAAGUGA